GUGAAGCAGUUGCUCCUUGCUGUUAAUAUUCGACAGUUGUCUUUGGAGUAUUUAGGGGAAGGGGAGAUUUACAUUAAUUAAUUUUUUCACAAUUUUAUGUCCCAUGAAAACCGCUUAUAUGGAUUUAUAACAAUUUUAAUCAAACACUUUAAAAUUAUAAAUUAACUGUUUCUAUUGAUAGGUGUUGUGUGUAUAACAGUGAAAAUCAGUUAAAAUUUUUUUUUUUUUUGCAAUUUCCUAUGUUGUGCAUAGGAAUAAAAAUGCGCAACGGUGCGCGGUCGCGGUGUUCAGUGUUAGUAAGUAUUUGCAGAUUGUAAAGUCAAUCAUAAUCUAAAUGUAGCGUUCUAGUAUAGAAUUUCUGGACUAAAUUAAUAGAAAAAAAAUAAUUAACAAUUUUCGCCUGCUUGUGCGGUCUAUAGAAAAGCAAAAGAAAGAAAGAGUUUUCGCGUCACUAAACAGCCUCAACAACUCCGAAAGGUGUGCGAUCUCCAUGGUGGGGAGCCGUUUUCGUAGGCCGCCGCCGCAGUUCGUGAGCUUGUACCUCGCGGCCGCUAGUCGCCAGCAUCGUUCAGCAACACUUUUUCGACAGUCGGCGCUCGUCAAAAUGAAAAUGGCGGAAUUUACUAGUCACUAAGAGAGAAGAAGAAGAAGAAGCAGAACAAUGCGCGCUCAUUUAUUAAUGUCUAGUUAACUAAUUGUUGCUUGUUUCAACUUGGUUCACGAUGCUUCAUUUUCAUUCAAAAAUUGCCUAGUGUGUUGAUUUACAGUGCUUGGUAUAUAUAUAUAUAUGUGUGUGUGUGUCUUGAAAAUCUUUCUGCUGAUCGAAACUUAGUUUUAAGUUUACGUUUUUGUGAAUUCAACAUUCGAAGAGAUUUUUGCUAGAGAAGAAUUUUUUCCAAGUACACGGGAAUUUAUUUCUCUUUUUGUCGGGGGAAAGUUUCGAUUCGGCAAAUAUUUUUGUCUCCUCUCGUCUGAACCUGAGAACUUGACUUCUCGGGGACGAGACGAGACAUGAAGUGACACGCCAGGUGGUAACUGUAUAGCUACAUACAAUUCUUGUUCAACUGGGAAAAUAAAACACGUUAGGUUAGGCAAGGACAGCCUUCUUCAUGCCGAUGCCGGCCGAAUACCACGAGAGCCACGGUAACCACGAGAACGCCAAUUUCGCUCUCGGGUCCACGCAGCAGGACGCCAGCAACAUGACGGCCAACAUGUACCGGGUGGGAGAUUAUGUUUAUUUUGAGACAUCUUCGACAUCACCUUAUCAAAUAAGGAGGAUAGAAGAACUAAAUAAGACUUCCAGUGGGAAUGUUGAAGCAAAAGUUAUGUGCUUCUUCAGGCGGAGGGACUUACCAUCUACUUUGAUUAUGCUUGCUGAUAAGCAUCAAUUGGCAAGCGUAGAGCAGCAGAGGUCUGAAUCCCCUGCCAUCACACAGAAUCUCAAACUCGAGAUUCCAGAGUCUACUAAGGAAAUGCAUAAUAAAGAUGAGAGCGCACCUAAAAUGAUGAGCAAAGGUGGUGGGAAGGGAGUCUGGUUAAAAGCCCCUUUAUCGGAGGCCCAAGAGCCUCACGGGAUGGAAGAAGGUGUGGUUGGUGCAGGAGGUGUUGCAGAACUGAGUUCGAAACAGAGACAUCAAAUGAAGCACAGAGAACUUUUCUUAUCUCGUCAAGUAGAGACGAUGCCCGCCACGCACAUUAGAGGCAAAUGCUGCGUAACACUAUUAAAUGAAACUGAGUCUUUAUUGAGUUAUCUUAAUAAGGACGAUUCAUUUUUUUAUUGUUUAGUUUUUGAUCCUGCUCAACGUACAUUGCUCGCUGAUAAAGGUGAAAUUCGAGUGGGUAGUAGAUAUCAAGCAGACGGAAUUGCUCCGGUAUCACUGACACCUGCAGAAAAAGAAAUUGAUCCUCGUAGACUACAGGAUUUAGAAACAUUAAUUUGGACUCCACGUCAUUCAUUAACGGAUCGUCAAAUUGAUCAAUUUCUUGUUGUCAGCCGAUCAGUAGGUACAUUCGCUAGAGCUCUAGAUUGCUCUUCUUCAGUUAAACAACCCUCUUUGCAUAUGUCAGCCGCCGCAGCAUCCAGGGAUAUCACAUUAUUUCACGCAAUGGACACACUUCAUCGACAUAAUUAUGAUGUUGCGAAAUCAAUGUCAUCACUAGUGCCAAGUUCGGGGCCGGUUUUAUGUAGAGACGAAAUGGAGGAAUGGAGUGCUUCUGAGGCAAAUCUUUUUGAAGAGGCUCUCGAUAAAUAUGGAAAGGACUUCUCCGAUAUUCGUCAAGACUUUCUACCAUGGAAAACACUAAAGAACGUGAUCGAAUACUACUACAUGUGGAAAACGACUGAUCGCUACGUGCAACAGAAACGAGUGAAAGCUGUUGAGGCGGAGAGUAAAUUAAAGCAAGUUUAUAUUCCAAAUUAUAAUAAAAAUUCAGUUUCAACGACUGCACCUUCAUCUGCCACUGUAAUCUCUCUUGGAAAUAGUAAUAAUAAUAGUAAUGGAAAAGCGACAAAUAUUCUUAAUGGCAGUAGUAAUGGAAAUUUGACAAGCGACACUGGUAUGUUAAUGGUGGGUGUAGGUGGGAAAUCGUGCGAAAGUUGUCAAUCAAUGCAGAGCACGCAAUGGUAUGCUUGGGGUCCUUCUCAAAUGCAGUGUCGUCUUUGCCAACCCUGUUGGACUUAUUGGAAGAAAUAUGGCGGAUUGAAGAUUCCUUCGCGAAUUGACGAUGCCGAUCUAGAGCGUAAAAGAGGAGGAGCUGGCUCCGAUGAAGAGUGUAAAGGAAUAAGCGGUGCUCACAGACCACAUCGAUGUACUAUUCCAUCAUGCGGUAAAGAAUUUAAAUUGAAAGCUCAUCUUAGUCGUCACUACGCGAGCGCUCAUGGUGUCGAUUUACGUGGUGCUGGCGCUGGAAGUGGAGGUGGCGGUGGUGGCAGCGGUGGCGGCGGCGGUUCACCACGUCCAGUAAUGAAAACUCGAUCUGCAUUUUACUUACGUACAUCGGCAUUGGCACGUGCGGCUCGUAGACUUUGUGCAGCACAAUUACGUACGCGUCAUGCGGCGCGAGCUCCUCAUCAGCCAGUUAAUGCAGCUCCAUUGAGACAUUUGUGCGCUUCACCACAAUUGACGUCGAAAAGUUCAACUGAACUUCGAAUUUUGGCAAGAGCCGUUCGCCCUCGAUCCCGUCCUCGUGUUACUGACAUUGCAACUCGUCUCGGUGAUCAUCCAUCACCUCGACAACCCGGUGAAUGGGACUGGCUCGCUCUUACGUCACCAGCACAACGUAAACAACCGGAUCGUGUUUCGUUUCCAAGACCUCCAAAAGCACCUGAUGGCAGUUUGCUGUACGAAAGAAUUCCCAAUAAACCAGAACUGGAUAGACUGCCAUUAACACCUCCUCAAUCACAGCCAACUAUGCAAAUACAACAAACCAUUUUAAAACGCACAAGGCCUUUCGAUGAAAUUAAUGGUUCCGAUGGUAUUGCUCUUAACGCUGGAAUUCCUGGUGGACCACCACCAAAAAGAAUUCACCAUUCACAGACGUUACAUGCAAAACACAUGGUUGAACAUGCGACUCCAACGACACUGUCUGUUGUACCACCUUUAAAUGGACGAGCUGCCCACGCCCACGCUAUACCUCAUGACCCACCUCUUUCUAGAAGCAAUGCUCGGAAGCAAGUAAUUUCGUGGAUGGAUGCUCCAGAUGAUGUUUAUUUCAGAGCCACCGAUCAGACAAAAAGACUUCGAAGAACACUGUCGUCUAUCGAGAUACGAAGAGCAGCACGAAAACCAUGGCGUAGAUUGUCGGCUCCUGUUCAUGUAACUCAUUCUCAAAGAUCAGCUCGAGGCGAAGAUAUGGUGGUUAUUCUCGACUGAAUAAUUAAUUAUAAUUGGAUAGAAAAACAGUAAGGAGAAUGUGUGUGGAUGUAUGUGUGUGUGUCUGUGUGUGUGUGUGAGAGAGAGAGAGAAAGAAAGAAGGAAUACGAAAAGUAAUAGUUAAUAAAGGAAAAAAAAAUUGGAAAAGAAUAAGGAUAAUCUUUUUGCUGGAGAAUGAUAAAACUAUUUGUUAUCUAAUAGUGAGAAUUUUUGAAUGUAUUCGGCGAUGAAUAUCAGAAAAUUUUUGAGAAAAAAGGUAAACUUUUUCUGAAUAUUUCUUUAACUGUUAACGAAUGGAUGAGAUAAAGACUCCUUUGAAAAUUAAUGUUAAUCAAACUUAAUGAAAUUGAAAGCAUUCAUCUUGAAUUAUGAUUUUCUAUUUGUAUUAAUUAUUCUUGUUAAUAAUAAUUAUUAGUAAAUGAAUGUACAUAUACAUAAUUGCAUACAAUACUUCUCCAAACAAUUUAAUUCAUAAACGCAAAGCCCGAGUAACAACACAAUGCGUUCCCUUUCGAAUUGAAGUCAAUUCUUAAAAUUGAUUGAAAAAUUUUUAAGUGUUAAUGACUUAUUGCGAAAGUCGCCGUUCGUUUUACAGAACGAAAGAAAAUGAAUGCAUGGAGUAUGAGAAAAUUCUUGAGCGAACGAAACUAAUAUGUGUGAAAGAGAAAUUUAGCGUGAAUUGAUAAGAGCGUUUGCAAGCGAUUGUAAGGAAGAGAAAGAGUGCUCACUGUGAAUAUUUUUAUUAAAUUUUCAAGUAUGAUGACUUCCGUCGAAAUAAUUAAUAAAUAAAUAUAAACGUGAAUAAGAAAA